GAAGUCUGGUGUCUGGUGUCUGGAGUCUUGAAUAUUGAAUAUUGAAUAUUGAAGUCUUGUUGAAGUCUUGUUAAAGCUCUUUCUUCAAUUGCAAGUUGUCGAUGAACACAAAUCAUUGCAGACACCAAAUAUCUAGGUACAGUGGCUGAAUAAAGCAACCUGUCAGAUUGUUGCGGUCAGUCCCUUGAGAUCAAGACGAAGUUUAGGGGUGCAAAAGAUACCUACCCGGUAUUAUUAGAUAGGUGAUACCAAAAGGAAGAAACCAAAGACUAACAAUAGAGCAUCUCUCUCUCUCUCUCUCCCUCUCUCCACAGGCGUCUUCAAUCCACCAUACUCUUGAUCCUUUGCCAUGAACCCAACUGUCCAGAUACCAAUAUGAGGUUCUCGUGCAACUUUGACCCUUCGCACAAGGGAAAGCAGUUCCACAAUUUCUCUUUGGUCUGGAUCAAGCUAAGGUUAUCUCAUAGUGACCUCAUCAACAUCAACACGGGAAAAUGCAUGAUAUUACAAUUUUCAACAAAAUCAAUGCAACUCAUCGACUCACAACUUAUAGUUGUAAAAGGUUUGACCUCAGGGAGUUGUUUUUUAAUCAUUUGUUUUGGGAAGAGUGUCACACGGCGCACAAAUCGUUUUGCGCCACCACGCAGCUGAAUCGCGUUCCUAAAUAAUUUCUAAACGCAACAAGGUAUUCUCAAGUGUAGCCAAAGCUACCCUUUCAGUACUCUCUCCCCUCCUCUCUCUCUAUCCCCCUCUAUCCCUUCAUCUCUCUUCUGCUUGGUCUGUAUGCUGCCAUUAGGCAAGAAGGAAUGGCGAGCUUUUUCACUGCGAACCCCGCCGACCCUCCAAGUCCUCGAGAUGUCGUAGGCACAUAUCGUCAAAUCUUCGAAAACCGCGUGUUGGAAGGGUCGCUUCGACCUAUGGUGGUACCAUAUAAUCUCUACGGUUUUAUACUGCUGGGAAUGUAUCUCUGUGUGCGGCAUACGAAUCGUCCAAUAUUAUACAAGGCGCGGUGGAUUGUGUUGGCUACAAUAACAUGGUUUCAGAUUAAAACACUAUGGCACACGAGUAGCACAAAUAUGGCAAUCAGUUUCGUGGCAGGCUUGAUUAGUGUUUAUGGAAUUGUUACAAGUUUGACCUGGUUGUUGUUUAUGCGGCCACAGUUUAAUGCUAAGAGGAUUGAGAGAAGGAAGAUUCAGGAAAACAAAACCAUCACAAAGGAUAACAAGCGGAAACCUACAGCACAUGAAGAGGGCACAAAAUCAGAUAUAAGACAACGUAUUAGAGUAAAUGGAGAAGAAAGCAAACUUUCCUAUGGCUCAAAGACACCAAACGGCAAAGAUAUAGGGUCGCUUCAUGGCCAGCCGGCCGCGAAUGAGAUAACGGGACCUCAGUACUAUUGGCAAUCGUACCCAUAUAAUUUUUGGGAGAGAUUGGACUGGAUAUCCGACUUGAUCAUCAAUUUCCGUGGACCUGGGUGGAACUGGGCAAUUCCCAAUAUACCAAAGUCUCCCCCAUUCGUCUACAACAAGCUAGGAGAACCUGCAGAUGGAGCGUCAAGACAUGAUAUAUCUAGAACAGGGAUCAAGCGCUUUAACACAAGAAGUGAAGUCUUCAGGGCUCAAGUUCCCCGUUUCAUUGUUGGGUAUUUCUUACUUGACGUUGUCAAAACCGUCAUGAUGAACGACGCAUAUUUUUGGCUUGGUCCCAACAAUUAUGCUAUGCCUACACAUGUUGCAGUAAUGUCCCCAAUCAUACGCUCUUUAUAUCGUGAGCUUUUAUCAAUGGCUGGGGUACUCAUUUCCUUGGACAUGGUUUUUCUUUUGGCCCCCCUUAUAGGGUGUUUACUUCUCGGCCCAUCCUCAUUCAUGGGUCUCAGGGGUGAAGCAUGGUACUACCCCACCACAUGGGGUUCCUUUUCAGUCAUUGCAAAUAAAGGCCUUGCUGGGCUGUGGGGAGGUGCUUGGCAUCAAAUAUUCCGUCUCAUAUUCUCCUCACCAACAAAUUAUCUGAUCACAAAUGGAUACUUAGAUGCCAAGUCCUCAAUCACAAAGCUCAUCGCUUCGUUCUUUGCCUUUGGUAUAUCUGGAUUAUUGCAUGCUGGCGGUAGUAUAUCCCAAAUUCCUGAAACAAGACCAUGGAAUCCACCUAAAUUCUUCAUGCUACAAGCUGUUGGAAUAAUCCUGCAAACUGGCUCUUGUGCCGUCUUGUCUCGAUACAUCAAGAACACCCCGAGACCAGUGAGACAAGCAACGAAUGUAGUCUAUGCAUUAUCAUGGGGUCUACUGACUGGAUGGUUGAUAGCAGAUGACUUUGCUCGGGGCGGAAUCUGGCUAUAUGAACCCAUUCCCAUUUCAUUACUUAGAGGAUUGGGAUUUGCUGGUAAAGAUCAUGGGUGGUGGUGUUGGGAGCAUGUAGGGUUUGGAUGGUAUACUGGGAAGCAUUGGUGGGAGAGUGGUAUUGCAAUAUGAGGUGGUUAGAAUUUAUGAUUUACGAAUAUUGCAUAUUAUGGCAGCAUGGAGUUCAAGAAUCGGAGUCAAUCAUAUUUGAGCAAUAACAAACCACGCAUCUAGCGAGAGGCAAAAAACAUAGGGAAGCAGGGUUUCUACUGGUCCGAAGCGCAGUCUAAGAAUGCCGGGUUAUUGUAUCUCUUUGAUGCAUCAAUACUCUUCAUGGCUCUACUCACCUUUAAGAAUCUACGGCUUUUUAAAUGUCAAACGCUUUCAAACCUGCACUUGAGUCCAGAUUUAAGAGACCUUAAAUAGGUGUACGUAUAGGGAUUAAGAAAUCCAAAUAACUUAAUAAUAUUGCUGUUCGGGUCUAUAGCUUCAUCAUGCAUUCCGAUUAAUCAAUUCUACA